UUGAAAAGGAUCAAUCAAAAGUCAUCCAAGCAAGCAAUAUUACUGAUUACAAUGAAGCGCUUAUUAAUGCUGUGUACGCUAGACCUGCAUUAUACGACUAUCGUUUACCAAUAAAAGAAAGGACAAGUUUGAAAAAAAAGGCAUUAUGGAAUGAAGUCGCGAAUUUAAUGGAAGGUACAAAUGAUGUAGAAUUCGUUCAAAAACGAUGGAAGCAACUUCGUGAUAGUUAUGUUAAGGCGAAAAAAAAAGAGAAGGCAUACGUGCCGAGUGGAUCUCCUGGUGUACAAAAUAAGAAGAUUGUUUUUGCCUUGUAUAACCAGAUGAAAUUCUUAGAUGACAUAACAGAAAAGUCGUCGUAA